AUAUAUCUGCAUACAUGCAAGUGUAUGUGUGUAUGUUUAUGUAUCUCCUUCUGCUUAUAACAAAGGCUUUGGAAGGAGUUGACCCUCAGAGGGCCUGGUUUUAAACCAUGGGAGUGGUAGUGAUCCUUGGGAAAUAAAUCCUUUUGUUCCAAAUAGUCGCCGGCUCACAUUUGGUAAAGUUUUGUUUCAGCCUUCAUUUCAUAGUUUUCCCUCGUUUCUGAGAUAACUUUGGUCCACUGUAUUUAGCCUCCAGAAGAGAAUAGUCAUUGGCUCCACCCCUUAAAUUCACAGACUCGGUGAGGAAGGCCUUUCAUUGGCUGCCUAGUGCCUAUGACUCUGUCCAGCUCAUGCAGCUCUUAGACAUCGUCCCCACAGAGAGUGCUGUCCAGAGCUUUGGGAACUCAGAGGGACAAGGCACCUGUUACAGUCUUUCCAGCCCAAGCGUAUCUGCAGACCUCCUUUUCCUUGGCCACAACGUGGUAAAGUGUGUCCAGGUUGCUCUGGAGUAAGCAAUUUUAUUUAAAAAAAUUUAAUCUGAAAGUUGCCCCAAGGUUGUCUGAAUGCUGCCCUCUCUCCUCGUGUAUUUUGACUGGUUAAUAUGGUGUCCUGGCCACACCUGCUGAGGAGGGAUGGAAGAGGUGGCCCUUCCCCCUGUUUUGAGACAGGAUGGCCUGGAUGAGGCUGCAGGGAUGAGGGAGUCAUCCAUUCACUCAGCAUCACUUGAGGGUCUACUGGUCACCUGGCAUGAAGGGAAGCCACUGGAGUGUUGAGAGCAAGAAAUAAUAUCUGAUCUAUGUUUUUUAAGGACUCUUCUGGCUGCCUGUGGACUGAGGUGGGGAUGACAAGCGUGGAGAGGGAGCUGGGUUAGGCGGUGGUGGUUCUGGUCCAGGGAGCAGUGCUGGCUUGGACACUGCUAGCAGGCUUCUGUGUGAGAGUGGCCAGGGCACAGACAGGCCUUCGCUGACUGCCCUUGCCGUUUUCCCCAAGUGUGCAAGCCCUGCCAAUCUCCUGUUCUAUGACUGAUGCUAUUCAUUCCACCUGGAAUGUACUCAUCCCCUGCUUCCCAGUCCUGGCCGAUCUGCCACUGCCUAGCUGAGUACCUUGGGCAAGUUACCAAAUCUCUCUUGAGCCUAAUCUCUUCAUCUAUGAAAGAGUGAUCAUUGAACCAUCCUCGUGGGAUUGUGAGGAUAAUACGUACAUAGUUGAGUGUGAUUAUUGCAAUAGCCUCCGAAGCAGUUUUCUGCUUCCAACCUUGCCUCCUUACUCUGUGCUCUCUGCCCAGUGAUCCUGUGCAGAGGGGCUCAGCUCAGGUCAUGCCUCCAGUUCAGAACCCUCUUGACAGUGGCUUCGUGUCUCACUCAGAGGAAAAGCCUUCUCCUGGCCCACAUGGCUUCCCAGUACUUCUCUGACCUCAUCUCCCACCCCAGGGCCUGGUGAGGAUUUGAGCAGACUGGGUUCUGCGUAGCGCACUGUGGUGCAUGUGAGCGGCGCCCUCCUGAGCUGUGCAGUGCACAACUUGUGCGGCUGUCUGCACUGACCCUGCCUGCCCCUCUCUCGCUUCACUCCAGCCACCCUGGAAUCCUUGCUGUUCUUCAAACACGCCAGGCGUGCUUCCUGUCCAAGCUCUUUCCACUGGCUGCCCCUCUGCCUCGAAUGCUCUUCCCCCAGAUAUCUGGAUGGCUUGUUCAUGCAGCUUCUCCAGGUCUUCUCUCUAAUGUCACCUGGUUUAAAGUUGUACUACCCAGCCCACUGCCCCACCCCCACGUUCCCUGUCUCCCUUUCUUGCUUUACUUUUCUUCUUAGUGCUUACUGCCAUCUAACAUAAAUACAUUUUACUUAUUUAUCUGGUUUAUCGUCUUCUUUCAGUAGUUCUGAGGGCAGAAACACGUGUUUAUUUUGUUCACUGCUCUAUCCGGAGUGCCUAAAACAGUGCCUGACAGGUAGUAGGGGUCCGUAAUGAAUAAGUGCAUGAGUUUGCAGUAGAGCAAGCAAAGUGCUCCGUGCGGUGCUCAGCAGACAGUCAGCACCCAGUACAUGCUGGCGACUCUUCUGCUUCUUGUUGUUGUUGAUGACCCCUCAGGGACCGUUCGGCUUUCUCUGAGCCCUUCCCCAGCCCCUUCUCUGUUGAAUUGAAUCCUGGCUGCCUCUCUUCCUUGCUGUUCUUCCCUCUGUGCCUUCUCUCUCUGGGUGACAUUUGUCACGCUGCAUUAGAGAGGCUUAUCUCACUCUUUUCUCUUUGAGUUUGAAUUCCUGCAACAACUGGUGCAUUUGGAUUUGUGUCUUUGUGCCCUGUGCCCACUGGUUGGCACGUAGUAGGAGCCCAGGAAGUGCUCAUUGCAGGCAGCUGUGGUAGGUGGGAUGCUCUCGAAUCCAUCAGGACCCUUACUAGCUGUCCCGGGUCCAGCAUCACUGCCUAAUGUUUGCACCCCAUCCCAAGGCGGGUCAAGGGAGAGUUUGACAACCACUUAAAUGAUGGAAUGUCUAAUGGUGUAUUUAGAGCAGGUUUGGGGGAAAAGAGGGCCUCCUGUGCAUAGUCCUUUGGAUGGCAGUGUCUGGGUGACCUGCUUGUUCCAUAUUUGAGAGCCUGGCCCUUUGGCUACUUAGCCCACGAAGGAUUGGGGUCAUUCAGUGGAGACAAUGUGAGCAACACCAAUGUGUUUGGAGGAGGCCUGGGAAAAUGAGAGAAAGCUUGAGCUGGCGCUUAGGGGCUUUGGGGUAGGGGAGGAGAGCAUGGCUUCUGGAGGUGGCAUAAGGGACGAGAGGGCAGCCCCUGGCCAGCCUGGGGAGGGGUGUGGGUGCCUUAGGAGGCCUGAUUAGGUAGGUGGUGUGGGCCCCUUGAGGGAGGACCUUACAUGCCAGACCGGAAGUUUGGCCUCUUGUAUUGGCAGGAGGUGUCUAGACUGGGGAUUCUGGUAGGGGUAUGGGUAGGAAUCAAGGGGGACGGGAGAUGUGGGGAGGAGCUCUGGAGUCUUUUUCUCCUGUCCAGAGAUGGAGUUGUCUUGUGGAACCCACAGGUGGCACAGCAGUGCCGGAGGUCAUGCCUUUAGGGACCAACAUUGACGCCCACAAGGGCAGUGAGCUUCAUCUGAACCCACAAAGUACAGGAGGCUGAGGGGUUAGAGGCAGGGGUUUGGCAUGGACUGGGGUACAAGAGGGGGCUUUUUCUCUUUGAGGGCAACUGUUGGUACCCUGGGGUCCCUGGGAUCUUCCUGCCCUGCUCUGGUUGGUUCACCUGUUCAUAAGCCACUGCAUCUCUGUCAGCAGCUGGGUGCCGACACUUUGUGCAGGGCCAGUCUGCCUCGUCUGUCAGUCUUGUAUCAGGUUGCUCUACGGAAGAGCUUUAAACCCAGAGACUGGCAGACUCAGAUUCAAGUGUCAGCUCAGCCCCUAACUCUCUGUGUGGCCUUGGCCAAGAUACUUGUUCUCACUGGGGCUCACUUUCUUUAUCUGCCAGGCUAUCAGCAAACAAGCGAAAUCCCUGUGUUCUAGGCUAGAGCCCCUUAAAUCCCUCCUGCCUUGGGGCGGGAUUAGCCUCAGAGGCUUAGGAAGGGCCGAGCCCUCCAGUGGGAGCCUGGUGGCAACACUGUGGAAAGGCCAAGGCUUGACUUUAAGUAUCUUAGGGGUUUGAAAAUUGUUUUCUCACCCAGAGAUUGAUUCAUUCUGCAAUGGAAGGGUUCUCUUCUCCAUUCCCCUUGCUUGCUUUGGGAUAGAAUUCCUGAAAUGACCUUGGCUUUGGGGUGCCUUUCCUAUCUCCCAUUCUGUACUCCUAAGUAGGGUCCCUGCCCCAUGCCCAGGCUUCACAUUUUCCUACCACCAGCCCCUCUGGCCCUGUUUACUGAGAUUUUCUCUCAGCUUUCCCCUAAUUUUCCUUGCUUCUUACUUCUAACCUGCGACCUAAUCUGCCCAGCUGGGGCAACCUUAGUGGCACAAACACAUAUCCCUACACAUUGCAUCCCCUUUGCUCUUAAGAUGAUAUCCUCAGCGUUUUUCCAUGUGGCUCCCUCGUUUUCAGCAUGCUUCUUUAAGAUGGCUGCAUAACUAUCAAGGGAAUGCCCUCAAUAAGCCGUGAGCUUGUUAUGGGGCAUUUAGAUUACUUCUAAUUUUUGCUCUUUCAGCUCAUGCUGCAUUAAGCCGUCUUUGUGUAUUACAGAAUCAUUUCAUUAGUUUGGCAUUUAUCUAGCUAAUGGCAAUGGCCCAAGAUUAGAUGGAGAAUCAGAAUUUUUUUUUCCAAGAAGAAUGAGGAUAUAUUCAAAUUUUACUUUAAAUGCUAGGAAGGUCUUUGUCGUGUUUUCCAUGAAUGAAGAAGCAGGCUAACAGUAAUGUGAAACUAGAUGUAAGUGAAAGGCUGUGUAUUUACAAGUAAUACAUGGCUUGUUUGUUCUUAAGUGUGGAGGUGAGCCCAGUACAUUCUCUUAAGGAGUAAUCUACCUGCUCAAAUUGAGGAAUUAUGUGUCCCUAUAUCUUUGGCACUUUAUUUAAAACAAUAACAAAAUAAAAUAAACAAUGAUCUCUUCUUAAGGAUGUUUUUAAGAAGUAGCCUAAAACAAAAAGUAAAUAGGAUUUUUGAGGGAAGAAAACAUGUCUCCCUAAGACAGAGUGAGCCUGUCAGGAAUACUCUUAGAAGUGGAAGCAGGUUGCAAACUUGCCAAAAGGUUGGCUUUUUCUUGGCCAUUAGGAAAUGGCUAGAAUGAAACUGAGAAACAAAUAUGACUGACUUGGUCCCCUGUAUUCUUUUUUUUUUUUUUUUUGGCUGCAUUGGGUCUUCGUUGCUGCACGUGGGCUUUCUCUAGUUGCGGUGAGCUGGGGCUACUCUUCGUUGCAGUGUGCAGUCUUCUCAUUGUGGUGGCUUCUCUUGUUGUGGAGCACAGGCUCUAGGCAUGCGGGCUUCAGUAGUUGUGGCUCGCGGGCUCUAGAGCACAGGCUCAGUAGUUGUGGCGCAUGGGUUUAGUUGCUCCACGGCAUGUGGGAUCUUUCUGGACCAGGGCUCGAACCCAUGUCCCCUGCAUUGGCAGGUGGAUUCUUAACUACUGUGCCACCAGGGAAGUUCCCCCUGUAUUCUUUUUAACCUGAAAUCUGUGUUGGCUUUGGGGUGAUGGGGGAGGCUUCCCCUGUCCUGCUGAUCUGUUGUUGUUUUAGUCUCUGUAGAUUGUUAUGUAGACCCAGGCUUUAGGCUCUGCAUUUCAGCUUAACCCAGCAAAUGUUGACUGAGUCUUUACAGUGUAUAAGGUUACAGGGGAUAAAAAUUUGGGGAAAAAAACCCAAUGCACCACUGUUUCUGAGGAGUUCAUGAACUGGGAGUGGGAAGGUAAGACACAUCUAAAAUUAAUGAUUAUUCAAGCGAGAUUAGGAAGAGGGCCCUGGGAGAAGUCCGCCCCACCCUGUUAGAGAAGGGAGGUAUUCCAUCUCAUUGGACAGCUGGGGUGAGGGAAUAUAGAAAGGUGUUAAAGAGUGGUUGCUUUUGUCAGCACCUUAAGGCCUGGCUGAGAUAGACAUUCACAGGAAAAGUGAAAGGCCUGAGUAGAGGAAGCGGAGGUAGAAGGACAUGGUGUAUGUUUGGGGUUUGGCUGAAACAAUGGGCUCAUGUAAUAGUGGUCAUAGCUAGCACAUUAUGGAGUGUAUCAGGUGCGAGGCAUGGUUCUAAGACCUUUAUCUAUAUUAGCUCAUUUUAUCCCUGCAGUGACCCAAGUGAGGUCUUCUAUAAUUGUCUCCAUUUUACAGAUGAAGAAAUAGACAUAAAACAAUUUAUUAUCUGUCCAAGACCAUAGUGCUGUACAGCUAAGAUCAGACCCAGUUGGUCUGGCUCCAGAAUAUCUGCCUCUAACCACCAAGCUGUCCUGCCUCCAAUAUAGGGGAAGAACAGGCACUAGAACCAGAAAGGUGGGUAGACAUCCUAUCGUAGAGGCUUGGGGUACCAAUGUUUAGAGGUGCAGAGGUGGAAGAGGGGGCCAGAGACAGAGAUGAGAGGGAUCGCAGUGGUGGGUAUGGGGGAGUUUGUGAGAGCUGUGAGGGGCCACAGGAAGAAGGAGUUUCAAAAAGGGGGUUUGUCAACAAGGCCCAGCACUGCAGAGAGUUCCAGGAGGUGAGAUCUGAGAGCAGGUCUGAGCCAGUGAAAGCUGAGAGGGCCUGGGAGAGGGGUUGGUCAGGCUGCAGACACAAAGGGCAAUGGAAGGGUUCUGCAGGGUUCUGCAGGGUUCUGACUGAGGUGCUGCUCACUCCAGGAUGCUGUGUAUUUUGAAGAUGGUGAAGCAGGUGCAGACAUUGGCUAUGAUUGUCUGUGUCCUCUUGUCAGUAGAAAGACGAGAGCAUGACAGAGAAGGGCAGGUGAGAGCUGGCACUGCUAAUUUGGCAAACUCAGUGGCUUUUCUGCAGCCUAAUGAUUUCUGAAAGCUAUUUGCUAUGCUCAGGCACAAGUGUGACUGCCUCAUCUGAAUGCUGUAGCGAUCACUGUUUUUCCUGGAAAAUUGGGCCCAUGUAGGCUCUGUGUGUCGUUUAUUUGAGUUCCAUUUUUAUAGCCUUAUUACCUUGUCCUCAUGAUGCAAGAGGCCUCUCUUUUCUGGAGCUUUGCUGUGAAAAUUGUUUCUUAAAAGGCACAAAGUGAUCUCUCAUCAUUGGGGUUGUGCUCUCUCCAGAGCAGUGCUUUUCUGCAGACUUUUCAUCACCCCUGACACCAGUUGUCAUGUUUUUCUGAUCGUUUGCAAUUUACUGAGAACUUUUAGGCUGCUCUUGAAUUUCACUACCUAGGUAUUUGCCACGAUUUCUUCUAGAAGAGUUUGUGCAUGUAAAUAAUCCAUUCAGUUUCUUCCUCUCUGAUAGGUGUCCCUACCAGUGACUUUGCCAGCACCUGACACCCAGUCUUGUCCUCUGGCCUUGAGUUGACAGUGCUGGUAAUUAGCGUGUAUGGAGCCUGAGCUGUUUCCAGGCACUAUACUGAAAGAUUUAUGUUCAUGAUCUUAAUUAUUCCCAGUCCCUAUAAAGAAGGCACUGUUACCCCCAUUUUACAGUUGAAGGAAAUGAGUCUUACAGAGGGAGAGUAACUUGCCCCAGGUCACACAGGUAGUAAAUGGCAGAGUGGGCCUCCACUCCAAGGCCUUUCUGACCUUGGAGCCCAUGUAGUCCAUUCAUUCAUUCAUUUAUUCAUUUAUUCAUUCAUUCAACAACACAUGAUUGUCUACAACAUUCCAAGCACUGUUCUAGACCCAGGGGAUAUGACAAAAAAAAGCAAAAAUUCCUGCCUUCAGCUUACAUUCAAAUUUGGGGAGGUAGAGAAAAAAAUAAUAAAUAAAAUAUACAGUACGCUAUAUGGUAAUAAGGACUGUGGAGAAAAAGAAAGCAAGGCAGUCAGCUAAGAAGCGUUGGGAGCAUUUUAAAUAGAGCAAUCAAAGAAGGCCUCAUUGAGAAGGAGACCAAAUUGUUAGGUUGAAUAGCAAACAGCCCCCCAAAUCUCAGCAUAUCAACCCAAGAGAACUUUUAUUUCUCAUAUAGAAAAGUUCCAAUGUGGCUGCUCCUGGUUAAGCAGGCAUCCUUCUUGGUGGUUAUUGAGGGACCCACACUUCUUCUAUCUUGUGGCUCUGCCCUCUUCAAGGCCCUCAGAUUCCUUUCCAUUCAGCUGGAGGGUGAGGAAAAAGAGAGAGGACUUUGUGGGGAGGUUUUUGUGGGCCAGUCUGGAAGAAGCAUGCAUCCCUCCCACCCCAGAACUCAGUCACACUCAGUGUACUCCUAACUGCAAGGAGGGCUGGGAAAUGUAGUCCAGCCAUGUGCUCACAAGGUAAAAAAAAAAGGGUUUUGGUGAACUCAUAGUGUAGUGGUGAAUGAGGGGAAGAAGUGAGUCGUGGGUUUAACUGGGAUAGAGCAUUAGGCAUGGGAACAGCAAGUAAAGGUGGCUAAGGUGGCUGGAGUGGAGCGAGGAGAAGAUGAGGACAUGGUGGAAAGUGAAGGCAGGGAAGUGAAGGGGGCCAGGCCAUUAAGGUCAUUGUCAGGACUUGGUUGCAUUGUGAGUGACUGAUCUGAGUUGCAUCAUGAAAGGCUCACCCUGACUACUGUGUUGAGGGAGGACUCAGGGAGAGAAGUCGAGUCUGUUGCCGUUCGUUACCCAGUGAGUGGUGAGAGCAGCCAGGUCCCGAGUGGUGGUGAUGGUGGAGGUGCGGAGAAGUGGUUGGAUUUGAGAUCUGUUCUGAAAGUGGAACAACAGGUUUUGCUGCGGGGUUGGUGGUGGUGUGUGACAGAAAGAAAGGAAUCGGGAUAGUUCUGAGAUUCUUGGCUUUUGCUUAAUGACUAUUAGACUCACUUUCUACCCACAGAAGUAAAAAGAGGGGGAAAGUGUUUGAAAAAAGAUAUCUGGACGCCCUCUGGGCCCUGAUGUAUCUCGCGUAGCCUCUUCUCCUCCACAGUACUUUCUUUAGCACAGAUGGGCAAUUCUUUUCCACAACUGAGCUUUCAGACAGAGGGAGGACAUCUGUAGCUCCUCCCAGCACAGAGCCUGGAUGGAACAACUUUGGCAAUGGUCUCACAUCAUUGCCUGGGAUCUUUGGACUGAGUCUUGGGGCCCCUUGGACUGAUGUGGAAGGGACCCAGUGUCCCCCUGGGUAACCAAGAGAUACCUGCAGAGGACACUUCCAAUCCAUGCUGUGUGUAAUGUAAGAAUAUAAGUGUGUUUGGGAGUGGAAGCGGAAGCAGUUUUCCUGGUUCUUACUUGGCAAUCAUGACCUGCCAAGGCAGAAAUGAGAGAUGGAAUUUUUUAGUAGAUGGUGCUCCCAUUAGGAGCAUAAGGGGAAGAAAGUCUAUCUUAAACAGAGCAGGGUACGAGCUGUGGCAGCAAAUAUUGCAUGCCUACUAGGUGCUGGGCACUGGCUGGGUAUUUUGGUUUCAUUGGAGAGGGAAACAAAUGUACUGUUCCUGCCCUCCUGACAGAGUAGACCCAUGUGGCUAGAUCAUACAGUGAUUUGCUGGAAGAAAUUAUAUUUACACCUGAGUGUUUCUUUCAUUUUCUUUUUUUUCUUUUCUUUUUCUUUUUUUAGUGAUUGUGAAUGGUACUGUAUUUUUAAUUUCAGUGUCCACAUGUUCAUUGCUAGUAUACAGAAAAACAAUUGAGUUUUUAUUUUGUAUCCUACAUCCUAGAUAAACUCACUAAUUAGUUGCAGGCUUUUUUUUUUUGUAUAUUCCACAGGAUUUUCUAUCUAGACAAUCACAUAAUCUACAAAUACAGAUGAUUUCUUCCUUUCCAAUCUGUUUUAUUUCCGUUUGUUGCCUCUUGUGCUGGCUCUUUGCUGAGUAAGAGUGGGCAGCAUUGCCUAUUCCUAAUCCUGGGGGGCAGCAUUCAGUCUUUCACCAUUAAGUGUAUGGUUAGCUGUAGAUGAUCUUUGCACAUGUCAUUUGCACUUUAUUGUAUGGGUGUGGGUGGGACCAUGGGGUUUUCUGUGGUGUUUGGCUGAUAUAGGGCAGUUACUAUCUAAAAGUUGUCUAUCUUGCUCGAGGCAGCAAGCUUUUGUUGGAGCCUUUUUCGUCUGUGCUUGUUGGCAUCUCCAGGUUCUUCCGUUCCAAGUGAGGCAAAAAGAAAAUGCAGGCCACUCACCAUGGUGUCCUUCCUCCAGGCCUGAGGCCCCUCACUGGUCUGCCUUCUUCACUCCGCCUUUCAGAGUCCUCUCUUGUUUGUUUUACAUAUCACGUGCAGGGGUUUUUGUUGUGCACAGCAGGUGGAAUAGGGAAAGGUGUGUCUACCGCAUCCUCCUGGAAGUGGAAGUGGUUGGGAGAAAUUAGAGGAUUGGGUUGAAGCCAGUGUGUGAAGGGCCUUCACGCCAGGGGUUUGACUCUGUAGGUGGCAGGAGGGAUGUUGGAGGUUCAACUCUGCAGCAGUGUGGAGGGAUGGGGAGGGGAGUGGCAGAGAGACCCGGAGGCUGGUGCCUGGGCCCAGGGAGGUGAGGAUGCAUUUCUGGACUGCGACAGCAGACGUGGGGCAGAAAGGAAGAAGGGAGAGUCCAUGCGGGCCACAAGGAAGUCCGAGGACCAGGUGGUGCUGGCUAGAGUGCAUGCUUUUGGACCCAAGCUUAACUUUUCAAAUGUGGAAUGCUAGGCCUUCAUUGGCAUUUUGAGAAAUACGUGAAUGAAGAUUUGAAAGGUGCCUCUCAGAUGUUCAGUGCAGAAUAGACACUUUAUAAAUGUUUCUGGAAGAAGUUGACUGCCUGAAAGGAAGCGACAAAACAUGAAAAUUGCUUUGAGGUGACCAACAAGUCCAGUGGCCCCUUGCUUCUCCCAAGGUGGAUCUGGGGUUUAAGAACCAUAACUUCAGAUGAGGAAACUCGGGCCCAGAGAGUGGGAGUGACAGCCCCAGUCACGUCACUUGGAGCUGGACCCCGACAGCGGGCAGUGCACGGCCACCUUCAACUGGGUUUGCAGUUGGAGUCCCUUGCAAGAGCCACCCUGGUCGUCCUCCACCUUAGAAGAGCACGUAGAAAUAAACGUGCCUCUGUGCCUCCUUGUACCUAUUCCAGACUCCAAUGGCCGAACAGAGAAUGGACAUUUCUUCAACUAUCAGCGACUUCAUGUCCCCAGGUGCCACCGACCUCCUCUCCAGCCCCCUGGGCACCGGUGGCAUGGAUUGCAACCGGAAACGCAAGGGCAGCUCCACGGACUACCAAGAAAGCAUGGACACAGACAAAGACGACCCUCAUGGAAGGUUAGAAUACACAGAGCACCAAGGAAGGAUCAAAAAUGCAAGGGAAGCUCACAGCCAGAUUGAAAAGAGGCGUCGGGAUAAAAUGAACAGUUUUAUUGAUGAACUGGCUUCUUUGGUACCAACGUGCAACGCGAUGUCCAGGAAAUUAGAUAAACUUACCGUGCUGAGGAUGGCUGUUCAGCACAUGAAAACAUUACGAGGUGCCACCAAUCCAUACACAGAAGCAAACUACAAACCGACUUUUCUCUCAGAUGAUGAAUUGAAACACCUUAUUCUCAGGGCAGCAGAUGGAUUUUUGUUUGUCGUAGGAUGUGACCGAGGGAAGAUCCUCUUUGUGUCAGAGUCUGUCUUCAAGAUCCUCAACUACAGCCAGAAUGAUCUGAUUGGUCAGAGUUUAUUUGACUACCUGCAUCCUAAAGAUAUCGCCAAAGUCAAGGAGCAGCUCUCCUCCUCUGACACUGCACCCCGGGAGCGGCUCAUAGAUGCAAAAACUGGACUUCCAGUUAAAACAGAUAUAACCCCUGGGCCAUCUCGAUUAUGUUCUGGAGCACGGCGUUCUUUCUUCUGUAGGAUGAAGUGUAACAGGCCUUCCGUAAAGGUUGAAGACAAGGAUUUCCCCUCCACCUGCUCAAAGAAAAAAGCAGAUCGAAAAAGCUUCUGCACAAUCCACAGCACAGGCUAUUUGAAAAGUUGGCCGCCCACAAAAAUGGGGCUGGACGAAGACAACGAACCAGACAACGAGGGGUGUAAUCUCAGCUGCCUUGUCGCCAUCGGACGACUGCACUCUCACAUGGUUCCACAACCGGCGAACGGGGAAAUCAGGGUGAAAUCUAUGGAAUAUGUCUCUCGGCAUGCAAUAGAUGGGAAGUUUGUUUUUGUAGACCAGAGGGCAACAGCUAUUUUGGCAUAUUUACCACAAGAACUUCUAGGCACCUCAUGUUAUGAAUAUUUUCACCAAGAUGACAUAGGACAUCUCGCAGAAUGUCAUAGGCAAGUUUUACAGACAAGAGAAAAGAUUACAACUAAUUGCUAUAAGUUUAAAAUCAAAGAUGGUUCUUUCAUCACACUACGGAGUCGGUGGUUCAGUUUCAUGAACCCUUGGACCAAGGAAGUAGAAUACAUUGUCUCCACCAACACCGUUGUUUUAGCCAACGUCCUGGAAGGCGGGGACCCAAGCUUCCCUCAGCCCACAGCAUCCCCCCGCAGCAUGGACAGCACGCUGCCCUCUGGAGAAGAUUCCUCUGUUGUAGGUGGCCCAAAGAGGACCCACCCCACUGUUCCAGGGAUUCCAGGGGGAACCAGGGCUGGGGCAGGAAAAAUAGGUCGAAUGAUUGCUGAGGAAAUCAUGGAAAUCCACAGGAUAAGAGGGUCAUCGCCUUCCAGCUGUGGCUCCAGCCCACUGAACAUCACAAGUACACCUCCCCCUGAUGCCUCUUCUCCAGGAGGCAAGAAGAUUUUAAAUGGAGGGACUCCAGACAUUCCUUCCAGUGGCCUACUACCAGGGCAGGCUCAGGAGAACCCAGGUUAUCCAUAUUCUGAUAGCUCUUCUAUUCUUGGUGAGAACCCUCACAUAGGCAUAGAUAUGAUAGACAAUGAUCAAGGCUCAAGCAGUCCAAGUAAUGAUGAAGCAGCAAUGGCUGUCAUAAUGAGCCUCUUGGAAGCAGAUGCUGGGCUCGGUGGUCCUGUUGACUUUAGCGACUUGCCAUGGCCGCUGUAAACACUACAUGUUGCUUUGGCGACAGCUACAGUAUCAAAGUGCAUUACUGAUGGAGUUAUACAGUCUGUGAAGCUUACCGGAUAAGGAGAGAACAGCUUUUAUGUACUGUCUUCAUAAAAGCCAUCUCAGAGCCAUUGAUACAAGUCAAUCUUACUAUGUGUAACUUCAGACAAAGUGGAACUAAGCCUGCUCCAGUGUUUCCUCAUCAUUGAUGAUUAUUGGGCUAGCUGUGGAUAGCUUGCAUUAAUUGUAUAUUUUGGAUUCUGUUUGUGUUGAAUUUUUUAAUCAAUCAUUGUGCACAGAAGCAUCAUUGGUAGCUUUUAUAUGCAGAUGGUCAUUUCAGAUGUAUGGUGUUUUUACACUACAAAGAAGUUCCCCACGUGGAUAUUUCUUAUACUAAUUGUAUCAUAAAACCGUUUAUUCUUCCUUGUAAGAAUCCUUUACUAUAAAUAUGGGUUAAAGUAUAAUGUAUUAGUUAAAUAUUUUUAAUAAAUGUUUCCCUUGUUCUAUAAA